AUGUCUUUCCUUCAUAAUCAUUCUUGUGAGUGCGUUAAGUCAGAAUUGGAUUUGUUUGCACUACCGUCUACACAAACUAGCAUUGAAAAUGGAUUGUGGAUUCAUUAUAAACCAAUUUCAUCUCUUGGUGAUGAUGGACCUAUCGAGUUUCAAGUUCCUGGGACCGGCGAUGACUACAUAGAUUUGUCUCAUACAUUACUCCACAUAAAGGCAAAAGUAUUAAAUCAAGAUUCAACUAACUUGGUAUCUACUACAAUAGUAGCACCUGUAAAUAAUUGGCUGCAUUCACUUUUUAGUCAACUUGAUGUUUAUUUAAACCAAAAACUUCUAUCACCACCUAAUAAUACCUAUGCAUAUCGAGCAUACAUGGAAACCCUUUUAAACUAUGCCCCUGCUGCUAAACAAUCUCAUCUUACUUGUAGUCUUUGGUAUGAGGAUACAGCAGGAAAAAUGGAUUCUACAGAUGGUAAAAACAUAGGAUUUGUUAAAAGACAGGAAUUGAUUAGUGAAAGUAAGGAAAUAGAAAUGAUUGGAAAAAUUUAUCUUGGUUAA